CAUGGCAAAGAAUGGACUUGUAAUUUACAUCCUGGUUAUCACCUUACUCCUGGACCAGACCACCAGCCACACGUCCAAGUUCAAAGCCAAGAAGCACAGCAAACGCCGAGUGAAAGAAAAGGAUGGAGACCUGAAGAUUCAAGUGGAAAAGCUCUGGAGAGAAGUCAAUGCCCUGAAGGAAAUGCAAGCCCUGCAGACAGUCUGUCUCCGAGGCACAAAAUUUCACAAGAAGUGCUACCUUGCUUUGGAAGGCUUGAAGCACUUCCACGAAGCCAACGAAGACUGCAUUUCCAAGGGAGGGACGCUGGUUGUCCCCAGAAGCUCCGAUGAAAUCAACGCCGUCCGAGACUAUGGUAAAAGGAGCCUGCCGGGGGUCAAUGACUUUUGGCUGGGCAUCAACGACAUGGUCACAGAAGGCAAGUUUGUCGAUAUCAAUGGAGUCGCCAUCUCCUUCCUCAACUGGGACCAUGCACAGCCUAAUGGUGGCAAGCGGGAAAACUGUGUCCUCUUCUCACAGUCAACUCAGGGCAAAUGGAGUGACGAGGUCUGUCGCAGCAGCAAGAGGUACAUAUGUGAGUUCACCAUCCCCUAAUAGACCCUUCUUGAAAGUGUCUUCCAAGCAAGAUCGGUCAUGAUUUAUAGGCUGAUGGAUCCCAAGAAUAAGUCAAAAGUGUCCUCCCUCAUGGGACUCUGUGCCCAUAGGAAUACAAGAGUCAGCCAAUUUUGCUACCACAUUGUAUUGUGAUUUUGCCCUCCCUGGGGUAUGGGGGAGCA